GGCCAAGUGGUUGUCUGGGUUUUCCAUGUCGGGCCUCAUGUAGGUACGUAAAUAGGGAAACCCGAACAGCCCUGAUAGGAUUAGACGCCAGGAAGGACUAGAACGUUUGGUGACAAUGAACGGUCUAGACAUGUUGGUCCGCCGUUGCUGCUUAGGAGCCUGGCACUAGGACGACGCCCCCGACGAUCCCGCCGUCCACUUUCCCAUUCACAAAUCAUAAUAUUACCAACCGGGUUCGCCUCGAUGAGCGGUGCUUGAGGCGAUGUCACCAGGCCAAUCACGGCGGAGAGAAGGGGCAAAACAGAGACGAAAUGAAACGUCGCCUCGAUGGAUUGGAUUCCGGGGGAUUUCGAUCUGGACAAAGUGCCGUUCGGGAGCGACGGACGGUCGACCCAAAGAAACGGAGCUCACGUGAGAUCUCACCUCAUCGGUCGGAAUCAAAUCAAUUCAUUUCUUCUCCUUCCAGACCUUCUCCUGCAGGACAAUUAUUUGCCUGUCGACCCCCGACGUCGGCAUGGGACGCUUAUCGCCAGCCAACCUGGUGGUCAGGAGCGACCCGAUCUGCAACGACAAAGUGUCAAACGACCUUCUUGCGAGUUGAUCCGCGGGGUAUUAUGCUCGAGUGACAAGUCUUGGCAUCCAUCAUCGCUCGAGAUGGGCUUAUUCCUUUCCGCAGAGUGGCAUAUUUUAACUGGAUAUGGUCACUUCCCCUCUCCAGUUCGCCUGCUUAUCGAUGUUGGAGCCGCGAUUGGGCUGACUGGGCUCGGUUGCAUGCCUGCUGGGCGUCCGGGCUCGAAAUCACCCCGCCAGGAUGCAGAGGGGCGUUGCGAAGCAUGGUCGUUUUAAUAACAUGCUCCUGUUAUAACACACUGGCCAGCGAAAGGUACAUGGCUAUGACGUAUUGGCUUUGAGGAUGGUGAUGGCAGGCACCAAUAGAAAUCAAGUGUCUCCAGCUUUCCAUGGAUACCCGUGUAUAGGCAAAGGAACCCUAGGAGAAGGCCAUGGAGAUAAACUUUACGCGAUGGCUGCUAGGCAGCAUGUGUCUACCAUCUAUACGCUGAUGGUGUCUCAUAAGUGAGCAGGCAGUAGAGGACUUAAGAUAUGAACUUACCGAAAUGCAGACGCUGUUGCUUUCAAGAGCCGGAAUAUGGGGUUUACUGGCAUGGCAAUGCAACUCAAAUGACACUGCCACAGCACCUUCUGCCACUCACUAUUACUAUUACC